AUGACUGUAAUAGAAUGUAAAAGAGGGUGUGAAGCAUGUGAUGAAGAAUAUCAUUGUACAAAAUGUAAUUUAGGAUAUUGGUUACGAAAAUAUUCAUCUAAAGUAAGUCUAUGUGAAAAGUGUCCAACUGGAUGUUUGGAAUGUUCAUCACCGACACAAUGUUCAUCAUGUUCUAAAGGAUAUUAUUUAGAUAAUGGAAUGUGCUAUCAAUGUCCUAUUGGUUGUAGUUUAUGUUCUGGUCCUGAUUCUUGCAUUACUUGUGAAAGAAAUUAUGGUGUUGUUGUUUAUGGAGGUUCUAGUUGGUGUAGUCUAUGUACAACAAUUCGUUGUUCUUCAUGCCAAGUUGGAACAUAUUUGUCUAAUGGAUUAUGCUCUGCAUGUCCUAAUGAAUGUACGACAUGCAACACUUUUAAUGAAUGUACUGGAUGUAAAGAUGGAUAUUAUUUGGAGAAUGGGAAAUGCGUUCUUUGUUCAAACAAACUCAAAGGAUGUACUUCUUGUGAUAUUACUGGAAGUGUUUGUUAUGAGUGCACAACAAGAUACAGACUUUCACAAGGAUCAUGUAUAGGAUGUCCUACUGAAAGAGGAGAAGGAGUUGAUAUGUGUAAUAAUAAAGGAUGGCAAACUAUCUGUCAAUAUGGAUAUACUGAUCCAUAUGGUGGUUGUGAAAAGUGUAAUGGAGGAGAUGCAUGUUUAACUUGUACUUAUAAAGAAAAUAGAUGUCAAAGUUGUAAAGAUGGAUAUUAUUUAAAUCGUAAUAAAUGUGAUAAAUGUGAUGUUUUAGGAUGUGCAUGGUGUCAAGAUGAUCAUACUUCAUGCAAACGAUGCAAAGAAGGAUACUUAUUAAAGAAUGGGGAAUGUGUGUCUUGCACUGAACUACCAGAAUGUGAGUAUUGUAGUAAUGAAUGUAAAAGAUGCUCAAAAGGAUAUGCAUUUGAUAGCCAACAUACUUGUACUAAAUGUAGUAAUUGUGAAGAGUGUAAUACACAAACGUGUUUUUUAUGUAAUGUUUCAUUCCCACAUUGUUCUUCUUGUAGUCAAACUGACAAAGUAUGUUUAUAUUGUGAGGAUGGAUAUACAUUAGUAAAUGGUCAGUGUGUUACAUGUGACAAGGCAAUGAUUGGUUGUUCAACAUGUAAUAAUGACAAGGCAAAAUGUGCAUCAUGUUCAGCUCCAUUAGUGUUGGCAUCAGAUUCAUUAAGUUGUAAGAAUUGCUCAAGCUAUUUUGAACAUUGUCUAGAGUGUAGUCAAGUAUCUUAUAAAUGUGUUAAUUGUGACGUAGGAUAUGUUCCUGUUAAUGGUAUUUGUACUCCAUGUCAAGAAGGAAUUAGUGAAUGUGUCAAGCCAACAAAUGGACAAUGUCCAAUUGGAACAUCACCAUAUAAGGGAUUUUGUUAUGACUGUAAGAAAAAAUUAAAUAAUUGUGAUUUAUGUUCUCAAACUGAAUGGAAAUGUCAUACUUGUCAAAAGGGACUUCUAAAUAAAGAUGGUAUUUGUUCCACUUGUGAUAUUACUAAUUGUGUAACGUGUUCAACAACAGAGUAUAAAUGUGAUCAAUGUAUUGAUGAAUAUGUUCCAUUAGGAAAGAAGUGUUUAACAUGUGGAAAUGACCCAAAUUGUUAUAAAUGUAAUAAUGAUAUGACUUGUUCAUACUGUAAACUUGGAUAUAAUCUUUAUGAAGGUACUUGUACCCCAUGUUCUGAUACUAAUGCUGGGUGUGUUUCACCAAUAAAAGAAGGAAAAUGUAAAUAUAAUAAUUUCCUUUAUCAAAACUAUUGUUAUGAAUGUUCUAAAUAUAAACCUAAUUGUCUAGUAUGUUCUAAUUCAUCACCAAACUGUCUUGUAUGUAAAAAUGGAUAUGGACUAAAAGAAGAUAGAACAUGUGUAAAAUGUGAGACUGGAUGUUCAUUGUGUUAUAAAGCUGAACAAUGUGAAAAAUGUCAAGAAGGAUAUAUGUUGAGAAAAGGAAAAUGUUAUAAAUUUGAGAGUGAUAAUUGUGAUACUAAUUGUUAUAACUCAAGUAUUGGAUGUACUGCAUGUUCCACAACUAAAAUUGAAGAAGAAUCGAAUGGAAUUUGUUUAUUAUGUUCAAUUAAAAAUUGUAAAGUGUGUGAUUGUAAUUUAAAGACAUGUAUUGUUUGUGAGGAUGGAUAUGUUUAUGAUUCAUACACUAAACAAUGUACUGUCAAACCAGGUGAUUUGUGUGAAGUAUAUAAAACAUCAUCAUGCAUUAAGUGUCGAGAUGGUUAUGCAGUUGAUUAUAUUAAUAACAAGUGUAUUAAGUGUGGUAAUAAUUGUAAAACAUGUAGAUAUACUAAUGGUCAUUUCAAGUGUCUAUCAUGUGACUCUUCAUUAAAUUUGUACUUAUUAAAUUCACAAUGUGUUUCUCCGACAAAUGAGAAGUGUAAUGUUGUAGGAUUUGAUAGUUGUAGAUCAUGUAUUAAUAAUACAAAGGUAGUUGAUGGAGAAUGUAAAGAAUGUUCAGCACAUUGCUUGAGAUGUUCACAAGAUGAGUGUCUUCAAUGUGACACAUCAACCAUUCUUCAAAACGGUAAGUGUGCUGAAAAUCUGGAUUGUUUAAUUACAAAUGAAUAUGGAAGUUGUUCAAAAUGUGUUUCAACAAAAGUAUUAAAUUCUGAAACUAGUCUUUGUGAGUCAUGUCCAGAGAAUUGUAAAGAAUGUUUAUCGUCAACAAAUUGUCAUGAAUGUAUGAAUGGUUAUGUUUUAUAUAAUCAAACUAAUUGUAUAAAAUUAGCAAACACAAAGUUAAGGUUGAAAAGAUUAACUAAUUCAUUAAUUCAUCAUUGUGAAAAAGAAACAACAGUUGGAUGUCAACGUUGUGAUAGUGGAUAUUAUCUUACAGAUAUUUUGAUGUGUGAUCCUUGUAUUGAAAAUUGUGAACAAUGUAAUAAUCCAACAACAUGUCAAAAAUGUUCUUCAGGAUAUAUUUUAAAUAAUAGUGUCUGUGUUAAACAAGGAAGAAAAGGUUGUAAAGUUAUUACACAAAAUGGUGAGAGAUGUGCAAUAUGUGAAGAUGGAUAUUUCUAUAAACUCAUUUUUGUUAUAAGUUAUAUAAUACUCAGCCUCAUUUUUAUUUAA